CUCAUUCCACACAGAUACAAUACAAGCAAGACUCGAUCUUUCUUCUCUCUUUCUUUUGGCCAGUGUCUUUCAACCAUACGAAGCUUUUAGAAGAAAAGCAUAUACGCUUUGUAUUUCAUUCUUAAUCGAUUAACGAGUUCUUAGGAUCAGAUGGAAGAACAAUGGGUGGCUCCUUUUGAGAGAAAGAUCCGUCUUUAGCCGGGAUUUGGAUCUGAGCUGAGUUCUCUUUCAUCAUCUUUGUGGAAUACACAUUUUCUUUGUGUGGAUUCGGAAGUUGUUGCUGAAUGGCGUCCGAGGAUGUGAGUGUUGUUGCGGAAUCAAAGAAAGAGGAAGAGAAGGUCGAUGUUGAGAAUUUCAGGGACAAGAACAGACCCGAGACUCUUGACUUAGUUACCGAGAAAACUGACAAUGUCAAUGAAAAUGCUCCAAAAGAUGAAGCCUUGAAACCUGUAAAGGAAGCAGAACUCCCUGAGUCUGGUACUUCAGUGAAGAGCAAAACCGCCAAGGAUAAUAGAACUGUUAAGAGAAAGUCAGGGACCUUUUCUCGGAGCCCGAGGUUCCUCUCUCAGAGCUCUUCAUUUCCAACUAGAGGAGCUCAAACCCAAAGCAAGAGCAUUGAUGCAACACCAAAGGCUAGUCCUAAACCCGUCGUUGCAAGUGGAUCCAAACCAAGAGCAACUCCAUCUCCAAGCAGCGGUGUUUCCACCAAGCGUACCAGUUUAGUAUCUGCUCCCCUCAAAAAGCAAACUAUGCCUGUGAAACCCAUUUCUAAGGAUGCAGCUUCAGUCCCUACUUCCAACAAUGGCAGCAGAUUGGUGGAUGAAGGUUCUAAAUCCAUUAAAGAUGAAAUGGCAGGCAAGGACAAUGAGGAUGCCCCAUCAACCAACGUUGUGGUGGCAGAUAAAGUAGCUAAACCGAUGAAAGGUGAAAUGGCAAGCAAGGAAGAUGAGGACACUCGUUCAACUACCACUUCAACUUCUACACCUCGUGGCCGGAGAAGCAGCGUUGGUUCUGCGUCUGGAUUUUCAUUCAGGUUGGAGGAACGGGCUGAAAAACGGAAGGAGUUCUAUAUGAAACUAGAAGAGAAGAUCCAUGCUAAGGAAGUGGAGAAGACAACUUUGCAGGCGAAAUCAAAGGAGAGUCAGGAGGAAGAGAUCAAAAGGUUGAGAAAAAGCUUGACUUUCAAGGCUGGUCCCAUGCCCAGUUUCUACAAAGAGCCCCCACCUAAGGUUGAAUUGAAGAAGAUACCAACUACUCGUCCUAAAUCUCCAAAGCUAGGACGCAGAAAGAGUAGCAGCGAUGCAACAGGAGGUGAAGCUGGUCCACGUGUGACAAAACCAAAAGACUCAUCAUUAUCUACAUUGAAGAAACCCAUAACAAAGUCUCAGCCAAAGCUUGAAACUCAAGAGAAGUCAGGGAAGGCCAAAGAAAAGAAAAGAGAAGGGAAGAAAGAAGAAGCAGAGAAAAGAGGAGAGGAACAGAAAGCUUCUUCUGUGACUGCUUCUAAACCCGAAGAGAAGAAAGAAGAAGCAGAGAAAAGAGGAGAGGAAGAGAAGGCUUCUUCCAUGGCUGCUAAAUCCGAAGAUAAGAAACCGAACUCAAGCAACAUCCAAGUGAAGGCUGAGAUUAUGGCAAGUGAAGUUGCAGUGGGAGGCUGAUCAAAGCAGAGAAAGCGUUUGGCAACGAUCUCUUAUGUCUUCUUCUUCUUCUUUUUCAAAAGCAUUAAUGUGAAUAGAGUUGUUGCAUUGCGUCUACUUUGAGAGUUACUCUCCAUUUCUUCAGUCUUUUUUUUAUUUAUUUAAAUUAAGCCUCAGAUUGUUUCUUAUGAUAUGGUCUCUAAUAUUUGUUGAAUUCAAAAUUGUAAACCUA